UGUAGUCUUGGCCCGCUCCCGUAAGUAUGGCGGCCUCCAUAGUUGGGUGCUGCCGGCCUGCAAUGUGCCUGACCCGGAGCUUCGGAGCCGCCCGUUCCCGGGUGCCCGGGCCGGGCCGGCCGCAGAGCACGGGACCGUCUGAGCCGGGCGCGUUCCGGCCGCCGCCCAAACCGGUGAUCUCGGAUAAACGCCGCCAGCGGGACGAAAGCAGGUUCUUGAGCCCUGAAUUCAUUCCUCCAAGGGGAAGAACAAAUCCUCUGAAAUUUCAAAUAGAAAGAAAAGACAUGUUAGAAAGGAGGAAAGUCAUCCACAUUCCAGAGUUCUAUGUGGGAAGCAUCCUUCGUGUUACUACGGCUGACCCGUAUGCCAGUGGGAAAACUAGCCAGUUUCUGGGGAUUUGCAUUCAGAGAUCAGGAUCUGGACUUGGAGCUACUUUCAUCCUUAGAAAUACUAUUGAAGGACAAGGUGUUGAGAUUUGUUUUGAACUUUAUAAUCCUCGGAUCCAGGAGAUCCAAGUGGUCAAGUUAGAGAAGCGGCUGGAUGAGAGUUUGCUGUACUUACGAGAUGCCCUUCCUGAGUACAGCACUUUCGAUGUGAACAUGAAGCCAGUGGCACAGGAAGUCAAUCAGGAAGUGCCUGUUAACGAGCUGAAAGUGAAAAUGAAGCCAAAGCCCUGGUCCAAGCGCUGGGAACGACCAAACUUUAAGAUUAAAGGGAUCAGGUUUGACCUUUGCCUGACCGAGGAGCAGAUGAAAGAAGCUCAGAAGUGGAGUCAGCCAUGGCUUGAGUUUGAUAUGAUGAGGGAAUAUGAUACUUCUAAGAUCGAAGCUGCAAUAUGGGAGGAAAUUGAAGCCUCAAAAAAAUCCUGACUCUGGGGCCGGAGUGACAGUACAGUGGGUAGGGCACUUGCCUUGCACAUGGCCGACUGGGGUUUGGCCCCCAUUGACCCCUUUUGGUCCCUACCCUGGGUCCGCCUGAAGCCUGCUCUUGAGUGCCGAGUAAGCCCUGAGCAUCACCAGAUGUGGCCCCAAAACAAAAACGUUUGAUUCUGUCAUGAAUCUGGUGCAUUGCUGAGGAUACGUGAUUCUCCAGGCACUAAAAAACUUGAUUUCUCAGAGGACAGUCAUUAAAUCAGCAACAUAUUCAUCAUCUUAGUAGUACAUUAAAAAAAAAAAAAACAAGAAAGACACACUUGUUUGUUUUUAAAAGAGAAUAGAUGUGGUGUGUCCAGUCUUCCUGGUGCCAGAGCUUCCAUU